AUGGCACAAUCUCAAUCAUUUCCAUCUAGUUAUGACUCAAGCAAAUACUACGAUCCAGAGAUCCAAUCCGUCCGCGAACCCGCGAGAACGAUAUUCGAGGAAUAUAGCAAGAUUCCAAAUGAGAAGAUCGCGGAUCAUAUUAACGAAGUCAGGAAACGUGCUUUCGCCGUGACACCAUACCCAUGCAUCGGCCUAUUCAGAUUCCUCGAAUUAGACCUCCAUCGAAUGACAAUCUACCCCGAGAUAUUAGAACGAGUUAAAUCCGGCGAUAAGUUCCUAGAUCUAGGAUGUGCACUGGGACAAGAACUCCGGCACUUAGUCCACGACGGCGCCCCCUCCACAAAUCUCUACGGCUGCGACCUAACCCCCGAUCUUUUCACCGUGGGCUACGACCUCUUCAACGACCGGCACACCCUUCAAUCCCACUUCAUCGUCAGCGACAUCUUCGACAACAAUUCUGAUCUAGUCACCCACUUCACAAAUCACUUCUCCAUAAUAAACACCAUGUCCUUCUUCCACCUCUUCACCUGGGAUCAACAGAUCCUCAUCGCAAAGCGCAUCGUAACCCUCCUCCGCCCACAACCCGGUUCCUUACUCGUCGGACGGCAGGUUGGGAAGGUGAAGCAUAGCGAGGGGCCCGAGCCGGAGGGGAGUUUGAUUGGGUAUUACCAUAAUGAGGAGAGUUGGAGGGCGAUGUGGGGGGUUGUGGGGAGGGAGACGGGGACGAGGUGGAGGGUUCAUGUUGUGGGGGAGAAAUGGGGGGAGACUGGUAGUGAGGAGAUUUUGAGGUUGGUUAGGGAGCAGGGGCAGAUUAAGGUUAGGUUUGUUGUUAGGAGGGAGUAG